UUUGGAAAUAGCUUCAUUCGCAUUGCUCCACCACCGCGUCGACCUGGGAGCGAGGGACAGUUCUCGAACCAUGGAUGAGCCGGCUUUGAUCUUCUUGCUCGGUCCUUUUGGGCAUCACACCGACUUUGUCGUUCGGAAUGGCCGUCAUCCCCAUGGCUGGGGCUUCUAUAAGGCUGGCCUUCCUCCCUGAUUUUUCAGGUCUAUCCAUCCAUCUCAAUCCAUCAAAACCACUACACAAUUACUACUCCCUACAUCCUAUAUUAUUUGAAUACCAUACAUGUCGAACAAUGCCACUGAACGUGCAAGCUUCCGAAGAAGGGUGCUGGGAAAGCUCGCCGUGUAUGGAAAUGCACGAUCCCUGCUCUCUCGAACCUCUCGUUCAUCCUCCAAAAUUCAUGGGACGGGAAGCUGAACACACCGGUAGACCCGAGAACCAUUUUCCCCAGAGUGUCUCUGCCAAUGAGUUUCCCUCUGGCUGGCAAUUAAGCACCAACCAGGGCGUCACUACUCCCCCAAUGGACGGGACGGAGUUUGUCAACGUCGACUUGAACGCAUGGUACCCUCACUACACGGCUUGUCUGCAACAUUUCCUCGACCAUGCCCAGCAUUCCGCCCCGGUCCAGGCAGUGGCCGCCUUUAUCAACAUCCGACUGCCAUACCAGCGGCCCACCGAUCCAGUCUGGCGGUUUUCUGGCGCGCAGCCAGUCGAUUCAACCUCCGUGAUAGGCGCCGCCCCUACAUCAUCGGCAUAUGUGUCACUGCGGCCUUAUCUGCGACGGUUAAUCGUGACAGGCCAGGACACGCCAACGGUCCUGCAUGCGUUCUUUGGCGGUGAUUGGGUAACGGGUAUCGGAUGCAUCUGCAAGCAGGAGCGGGUGAACUACUUGUUUACAGCCAAGAGUAGCGGAUGGGCAGCGACCAAGUCGACCUAUGACAUUCUCCCAGACCAACAGACACCGUGUCUACGACCACUACGGGAGCCGAGUGAAGAAGAACUACGAUCAGCGGAAACACGAUGGAGCGAAUGGUUAGCGAUGGAGGACUGGAUGGUCGGACCGCGGAGUCCGUGGUAAAUUGGGAAUUACGACUGCGAUGCGACAUGAUCAUGAGUCACUCAUUUGAUUUUUCUUUUGUAAAAGCUAUCUAAUUCUAUUACACGCUUUCCUACACUUUGAAUAAAAAUUUUCACUGGAAAAAUCUUCCUGCAGAACAGUUAAAACCGGGUAAGGCUGAUCUAAAAGCGGACACGGAAUGAU